GCGGGCUUAUAUUAUGAAAUGAAACGUGAAACCAUCACACACACAAGCAUGAGUGCUGAUCGCGACUCAUCUGACUCAGAUGCUGAUGAACAACAAAGGCUAAGUUCUGCAGUUUGGGAACCUCAAAAAACUUUACAUAAACUUUCUGUUGAUAGUAAAUGUGAGAAACAACAGGUGACACAACAUGAAGAAAAAAGAUCCUUAAGAGAAAACAUUGACACAUCGGAUGAGGAUUAUAGGAGUCUUAAAAUUACUCCUGGUUUUCGGAAACAUGUUGCCGAGAAAUUGGAGACGUUUCUUGAUAGCACAAUAACUGAAUCUGUUACUGAAACCAAAAAGCAAAAGUUAGAGCCCAGUGGGCAUGAAGGUAAGUGAACAUGGUAGCACAGCGGUAAGAGAUUUAACUU